CUCCAGACUUUGGGUUUGGGGGUCAGAAGAGGCAACUGGAAGAUGGAGACCAGCCAGAGAGCAAGAAACUGGCUGCUCAGGGUGACUCAAUGUCAGCUCAACUUGGACCAAUCCAUCCUCCUCCCAGGUCUACAGUGACUGAAGAGUACAGAGUACCUGAUGGCAUGGUGGGACUCAUUAUAGGCAGAGGAGGUGAACAGAUCAACAAAAUCCAGCAGGACUCGGGCUGCAAAGUACAGAUAUCGCCAGACAGUGGCGGAUUACCAGAGCGGAGUGUCUCUCUGACUGGAUCCCCAGAAUCUGUCCAGAAGGCGAAAAUGAUGCUGGAUGAUAUCGUGUCGCGAGGUCGUGGGGGGCCGCCUGGCCAGUUCCACGACAAUGCCAACGGGCAGAACGGCACAGUGCAGGAAAUCAUGAUCCCGGCUGGGAAGGCAGGACUGGUGAUCGGCAAAGGGGGAGAGACCAUUAAACAGUUACAGGAGCGAGCUGGAGUGAAAAUGAUUUUAAUUCAAGACGGUUCCCAAAACACCAAUGUAGACAAGCCCCUUCGGAUAAUUGGAGACCCCUACAAAGUCCAGCAAGCGUGUGAGAUGGUGAUGGACAUCCUGCGAGAACGUGACCAGGGAGGCUUUGGUGACCGAAACGAAUACGGUUCCAGGAUUGGUGGAGGAAUAGAUGUCCCUGUGCCCAGGCAUUCUGUUGGGGUGGUGAUUGGCCGUAGUGGAGAGAUGAUUAAGAAAAUACAAAAUGAUGCUGGAGUUCGGAUACAGUUCAAGCAAGAUGAUGGGACAGGUCCUGAGAAGAUCGCCCAUAUUAUGGGGCCCCCAGACAGGUGCGAGCAUGCUGCCCGGAUUAUAAACGACCUCCUGCAGAGCCUUCGGAGUGGCCCGCCAGGUCCCCCUGGCCCAGGAAUGCCCCCCGGAGGCAGAGGCCGUGGCCGAGGGCAGGGUAACUGGGGGCCUCCUGGAGGAGAGAUGACCUUCUCUAUCCCUACUCACAAGUGUGGGCUGGUCAUUGGCAGAGGCGGGGAGAAUGUCAAAGCCAUAAACCAGCAGACAGGGGCGUUCGUCGAGAUCUCCCGGCAGCUGCCUCCCAACGGAGACCCCAACUUCAAACUGUUCAUCAUCCGAGGCUCCCCGCAGCAGAUCGACCAUGCCAAGCAGCUCAUCGAGGAGAAGAUCGAGGGCCCCCUCUGCCCAGUUGGGCCUGGGCCUGGGCCUGGAGGGCCCCCGGGCCCUGCUGGCCCAAUGGGCCCUUUCAACCCAGGACCUUUCAAUCCAGGGCCACCAGGAGCUCCCCCUCACCCUGGGGCUCCUCCCCCCCACCCAUACCCGCCCCAAGGCUGGGGGAACACCUACCCGCAGUGGCAGCCUCCAGCCCCUCAUGACCCAAGCAAAGCAGCAGCGGCAGCGGAUCCCAACGCGGCCUGGGCAGCGUACUACUCGCACUACUACCAGCAGCCACCUGGCCCCGUGCCUGGGCAGCCCCCAGCUCCCACAGCGCCCCCCGUUCAGGGCGAGCCGCCGCAGCCGCCCCCAGCCGGGCAGUCCGACUACACUAAAGCGUGGGAGGAGUAUUAUAAAAAACUAGGCCAGCAGCCCCAGCAGCCCGGGGCACCCCCACAGCAGGACUACACGAAAGCCUGGGAGGAAUAUUACAAGAAACAAGCAGCUCAAGUGGCUACUGGUGGAGGACCAGGGGCACCCCCGGGCCCUCAACCAGACUACAGCGCAGCCUGGGCAGAGUACUACAGACAGCAGGCUGCCUACUACGGACAGACACCAGGGGCUGGGGGCCCAGUGCCGCCACCCACGCCGCAGGGACAGCAGGUGAGCGCACACUCGGCAGCGCUGAACUGAAAGCUGCUGUUCGCUGACCCAGGGAGCUAGAUUAGCUCCAGCUCAGCCUCUAGCCUGUCCUGCUGCAGCUCUCAGGGUCUCAGGCCUGACACCAGGCUGACCCUGCGCUGGGCCAGGCUUAGUGGUUACAUUCUAGGGCCAUAUUUUUUCAGAAACCGAAGCCUAAAAAUCAGGUUUCAGCCACAUCUAGGCACCUGGGUAAGUGACCUUUCCAGCAGAGCCUGGUGACUUCACUUGGUCUUGCCAGCGGCUCUGUGCCACUUACUUAGCUGCCUAAAUAUGCCAAAUUUCAAGCAGCCUGCUUUAGAAAUGCUUCCCCAGGCCAAGACUUCCAUCUGAUCUUCAGGACUGACCAAAGCUGCUGCUUCCGAACCUAGAUUCUCUUCCAGACUUGACCUGCCAAUUUCCCCUUUUCAAACACCCUGCUUCAGUGGUGGGAUUUCCUCGUGUGCAGGGGAGUUGGGAGCCAAGGGCCAAUUUUCGCUCCACUCCCCAACGCGGCAGCGCAUUGCCAGUGCCGCUGCAGCAGAGGGUGACCCUGUGCUGCUUUCGGACUCGUCCGUCCGUAGCGGUGUCUGUCGGGGGGACUGACUCCUGUCUCUCUCCCCAAUCCUUGCAGGCUCAGUGAAUUGAAUGUGAACUUCCCACCUGUGAAACACACUUUUUGGUUUUGGAGAGAGAUGGCGCUGUUGGGGAAGGGAGCCGGCCCCGGGGUCUGAUCGCUGGGUUUCUUAGCGGAACCUCGGCUGCUCCUCCUUCAAUUCUCUUUAAAAUAAAAUAAAAUAAAAAAAUAAAAAUAUCUGAAUCCUUCAUGUUGAGCCAGCUGUAGAAGAUAGCGAACUAAAACUGCUGCAAGAACUCAGCCCUCCUGAAACACACGUCGAUUUCAGGGGAACAUGUUUUUUCUUUUCGUUUUGUUUUUAAAAAAAUAAAAUAAAAAAACUUUACAAGGAGAAAAAAAUCACUCUGCUUUUUAGUUAGAGUUGGAACAUUCCUCGAAUAAGGUGUCGGUGUUUCAGAUAAAACAACCUCCUUCCCCUCCCAUUUUCCCACAAUUGGGACUGGUCUGUCAUGUAUUUUGUCUGUUUGAGAGGAAACUGAAACAAACAAAAUUGUACGCUCAGUUUUUACUUUUUACCGCUUGUUUUUAACUUCACAAAUAAAUGAUAACAAAACCUC